AGGCACCUGCGCCUCUCACAUGGCUUUGCAUAACACGCAGCAUCUUCACACCUGCUGUGUUCUGCUGGUUCCAGGCCAGUCAUCAGAGCUCGUGCAGAUUUGGUGGGGUCCUCCCUCUCAAUGGCAGGUGUCGAAAGAACCUGUGGAUAUGGUCAUAGCCACCCCAGACGUUCACUUCCUACCAAUCCCCUGGUAGUUUCCCCAGCCUUCCCCCAUCUGUACUGAAGAACUGACACCCGCCCUCUGGUUUUAAAAUGUUUAGAAUUUGUAAUAAUUUUAUAGAUACGUAUUUUCUAGAGAGUGAUGUAACAUCCAUAACAAUCUAAAAACAGAUUUUCUAGGAAGUUACCGUGAAAUCUACAAAGUCAAUAAAACAUUUCAUCCCAGAUGCUGAGCUUUGAGGAGAGUAUCAGGGUUUGGGCUCUGCUGCCUUUCCCCAAAGAACCCACUUGGGAAGCAGUCAGAUUAGAAGAUAAUUCUGAAACAAAUGCCAGCCACUGUUUAAUUACAAAAAUGACGGAUGAGCUGUAUCACCAUGUGCCUGAGAAUCAUUGUGUUUUAAAGGACUUGGAUCAUCUUCCUACUGAGACGUGGCCCCAGCUGCUCCGUGAGCUCUGCAGCACACCCUUUCCUACCCUCUUCUGUCCCAGGAUUGUGCUGGAAGUGCUGGUUGUGCUCCAAAGCAUCGGCAAGCAGUGUCACCACGUGUCUGGCCAGGUCACCAUUGCCUCGGAGCUGAGACACAGGCAGUGGGUGGAAAGGAUGCUGCAGUCUCGCCAGCGGCAGAACUACCUGCGUAUAUGGAGUAGGUGUGCGCUCACUUUUCUGUUUUAG